GAGAGAACGGACGCCUUCUGGACUCAGGAGAACGAGGCUCAGCUGUUAUUCGGUCUCCCGAAAAGAUGGAUAGGAGAAAUGAGUAUGGUUAUAGAAUGUCCCCAUUCCAGGGCCCUCUGCCUCCCCCUGGGAGCCUGGGGCUUCCCUUUCCUCCAGAUGUACAGACUGAGACCACAGAAGAGGACAGUGUCUUACUGAUGCAUACUUUGUUGGCGGCAACCAAGGACCCCCUGGCUAUGGACUCACCAGUUGCCAACCGACCUAAGAAAAGCAAGACCAAGAAGACCCCUAUUAAAGUUGUUACUAAGGUCACACCUCCAGUCCCAUCUGCCAGUGAGAUUGCCACCCACAAACCAAAAAUAACUUUGCAGGCUUUAAACCUGCCAAUCAUCACCCAGAUCAGCCAGGCUUCAGCUACCACUGAAGCAGCCAAUAUUCAGGGUCCUUUAGUCAGUGCUCAACCUAAGAAAGCCAACAAGACAAAUAGAGUUACUGUCAAGGCAGCCCAAAGUUCUCAGUCUUCAGUUGGCAGUGAGACUGUGACCACACAGCUCAAGUCACCCAUACAGGCCCUAAGUCUACCAGUUGUCUCACAAAGUAUCCAGGCUCCAGUAGCCAGUGAGUCAGCCAAUUCCCUGAACUUGAUAGCUUCUACCAAGCCUAAGAAAGCAUCCAAAGCUAAAAAGGCUGCCAACAAGGCCAUGACUAGUGCCACUGAGAUCUCACAGGCUCUAACUGCCACCCAUACUGCUACCACCCAAGGCCAGAUUAUCAGUGAGACAACUAAUAUCCAUGCCACAGCAACCUCCAUCCGAGCCAAGAAAGCCCCCAAAGCUAAGAAGACAACUUCAAAGGCCACAAAUACUGAACUUGAGCAUGUGGAGGCUCCACAUAUCACUGAGGCAGCAACCAGGCAGACUGAGACCUCAGUCGCAGCUAUCCGGCCCAAAAAAGCCAAAAGCAAGAAGGCUGCCAAUAAGGGCUUAAAUUCUGCUGGUGAGAUCUCUGAGGUCCAGCCUACUACUCAUAUGGUCACAAACCAAACCUUAGCAGCCACCCUUCGAGUCAAGAGAGGGUCUAGGACUCGGAAGGCAGCUGCUAAGGGUCGGGCACUUGAAAGCCAAACUCCGAUUGCUGACCAAGGGACCCAAGCCAAGACAGCCACCUCUCAGACCAGCAUGAGUGCCCUUGAGACUCAGAUUGCUGCUGCUGUCCAGGCCCUGGCAGAUGACUACCUGGCUCAGUUGAGUCUGGAGCCCACAGCCAGGACCCGAGGCAAGAGGAAUCGAAAGUUCAAGCAUCCAAAUGGAGAUGAGAGAAGUAGCAGUAAUUACAGGCGGAUCCCAUGGGGCCGGAGGCCUUCACCUCCCAGAGAUGUGGCCAUCUUGCAAGAAAGGGCAAAUAAGUUGGUGAAAUACCUAUUGGUUAAAGACCAGACGAAGAUCCCCAUAAAGCGCUCAGACAUGCUGAAGGAUGUCAUCCAAGAAUAUGAUGAAUAUUUCCCAGAGAUCAUUGAACGGGCAAGCUACGCUCUGGAGAAGAUGUUUCGAGUCAAUCUGAAGGAAAUUGAUAAGCAAAGUAGCUUGUAUAUUCUCAUCAGCACUCAGGAAUCAUCUGCAGGCAUAUUGGGAACGACCAAGGAUACACCUAAGCUGGGUCUUCUUAUGGUGAUUCUGAGUGUCAUUUUUAUGAAUGGCAACAAGGCCAGUGAGGCUGUCAUCUGGGAGGUGCUGCGCAAGUUGGGGCUGCGCCCUGGGGUGAGGCAUUCGCUUUUUGGGGAAGUGAGGAAGCUCAUCACAGACGAGUUUGUGAAGCAGAAGUACCUGGAGUACAAGAGAGUCCCCAACAGCAGACCACCUGAGUAUGAGUUCUUCUGGGGUUUGCGGUCCUACCAUGAGACCAGCAAGAUGAAAGUCCUCAAGUUUGCAUGCAAGGUACAGAAGAAAGAUCCCAAGGACUGGGCUGCUCAGUAUCGGGAGGCGGUAGAGAUGGAAGUCCAAGCUGCAGCGGUGGCUGUGGCUGAGGCUGAGGCCAGGGCUGAGGCAAGAGCGCAAAUGGGGAUUGGAGAGGAAGCUGUGGCUGGGCCCUGGAAUUGGGAUGACAUGGAUAUUGACUGCCUAACCAGGGAAGAGUUAGGCGAUGAUGCUCAGGCCUGGAGCAGAUUUUCAUUUGAAAUUGAGGCCAGAUCCCAAGAAAAUACAGAUGCCAACACCAACAUCGACUUCAGCAGAGGAGCUAGCACCAGGUCUAGUUUCAGUGAUGGUGCUGGUGUUAGCUUCAGUGGUGCACCCAGUCCCAAUGGUGGUUUCAGUGGCGGAGCUGGCAUUACCUUCGGUGCCAGUAUUAGCUUUGGUGGUGCACCCAGCACCAGUGCCAGUUUCAGCAGUGCAGCCAGCAUUAGCUUUGGUGGUGUACCCAGUACUGUCACUAGUUUCAGUGGCGGAGCCAGUAUUAGCUUUGGUGGGGCACCCAGCACUAGCACUAGUUUUAGCAGCACAGCCAGCAUUAGCUUUGGUGGUGCACCCAGCACUAGUACUAGUUUCAGUGGUGGAGCCAGCAUUAGUUUUGGUGGUACACCUUGUACCAGUGCCAGCUUCAAUAGCGGAGCCAGUUCUGGCUUUGGAAGCACACUCAGUACCACCACUGGCUUUGGUGGUGCACUUACCACCAGCACCAGCUUCAGCAGUGUGCCUGCCACGAGCACGGUCUUCAGUGAGGCACUUACCACCAGCACUGGUUUUGGAGGUACACUCAGCACCAGUGUGUGCUUUGGUGGUUCUCCCAGUUCUGGUGCCAGCUUUGGUGGCACACUCAGUACUAGUAUCUGCUUUGGUGGCUCUCCUACCGCUAGCACUGGUUUUGGUGGUACACUCAGCACCAGUGUCUCCUUUGGUGGCUGUUCCAGCACCAGUGCUGACUUUGGCGGUACAUUAAGCACAAGUGUCUGCUUUGGUGGCUCUCCCAGCACCAGUGCAAGCUUUGGCAGUGCACUCAACCCAAAUACCAGUUUUGGUGGAGUACUCAACAGCACUACUGGCUUUGAUGGUGCACUCAACACGAGUGCCAGUUUUGGUGGUGCUGUCAGCACCAGUGCCAGCUUUGGUGGCACACUCAACACCAAUGCUGGCUUUGGCAGUGCACUCAACAACAGUGCUGGUUUUGUUGGUGCCGUAAGUACCAGUGCCGGCUUUGGUGGUACACUCAACAGUGCUGGCUUUGGCAAUGCACUCAACACGAGUGCUGGUUUUGGUGGUGCCGUAAGUACCAGUGCCGGCUUUGGUGGUGCACUCAAUACCAGUGCCGGUUUUGGCAGUGCCAUCAGUACCAGUGCUAGCUUCAGUGGUACACCCAGCACCAAUCCCGGCUUUGGCAGUGCAUUCAGCACCAGUGCUGGAUUCAGUGGGGCACUUAGUACCACUACUGACUUUGGUGGUAGUCCCAGCAACAGUAUUGGCUUUGGCGGUGCUCCCAGCACCAGCAUCAGCUUUGGCGGUGCUCAUAGCACUAGCCUCUGUUUUGGUGCUCCCAGCACCAGCCUCUGCUUUGGCAGCGCAUCUAAUACCAAUCUAUGCUUUGGUGGCCCUCCUAGCACCAGUGCCUGCUUUAGUGGUGUUACCAGUGCCAGUUUUAGUGAUGGACCCAGCAACAGUGCUGGUUUCAGCUUUGGCAGUGGGCUAAGCACCAGUGCUGGAUUUGGUGGACUGAGCACCAGUGCUGGCUUUGGUGGCAGCCUGGGCACUGCUGCUGGCUUCAGUGGUGGACUAAGCACCAGCUCUGGCUUCAGUGGCGGACUAGGCACCAGCACUGGCUUCGGUGGCGGACUAGGCACCAGUGCUGGCUUCGGUGGCGGACUAGGCACCAGCGCUGGCUUCAGUGGCGGACUAGGCACCAGUGCUGGCUUUGGUGGCGGACUGGUCACCAGCGAUGGCUUUGGUGGUGGACUAGGCACCAAUGCUGGUUUUGGCAGCACACUUGGCACCAGUGCUGGCUUUAGUGGUGGCCUCAGCACCAGCGAUGGCUUUGGCGGUGGGCCUAAUGCCAGCUUCGACAGAGGACUGAGUACCAUCAUUGGCUUUGGCAGUGGUUCCAACACCAGCACUGGCUUUACUGGCGAACCCAGCACGAGUGCCGGCUUCAGUAGUGGACCCAGUUCUAUUAUUGGCUUCAGCGGUGGACCAGGCACUGGUGCUGGCUUCUGCAGUGGACAAGGCACCAGUGGUUUUGGCGGUGGACCGAGCACCAGAGCUGGCUUCAGCGGACUGAGCACCGGAGCUGGUUUUGGCAGUGGACCGAAUAGUGCUGGCUUCGGCAGCGGACCAAGCACUGGUCCUGGAUUCGGCGGUGGACCAAGCACCGAUGCUGGCUUUGGUGGUGGAGCCACCAGCCUUGGUGCCUGUGGCUUCUCCUAUGGCUAGUGAGAUUUCAGGUUUAUUCCCGAUGUUUACAGAAACCGCUCAUGAACUACAGCAGUCCUUUCCAUGGAGCUAAGUAAUAGCUUUGGAAUCUUUGUUCACACAGCAGUCUAAACAGCUAUUACCAAUCAGCUGAGGGUGACACACUAUGAAAAACCUAUUUGCUGU